UCGUGGGGUUUCCCACGAAUGGAAAUGUUGCUGAAUCGAACGCUAUGGUUGGCAUCACUUCGACUGUACAGCCUGCGCGAUUAGGGGAAGACAUUUCAGCAGAUAUUUUCUGGGUAGCCUACUUCGUCUUAAAAAUGCACCGAUUCGAGAGCAACAUUUUGGGCUCAUAUAACUUGAAAUUGUGUACAUUGUGUCUAACUGAAAGACUGGCGAUUGCAUCUCACAAUUGUAUCCAAAUAUUUCAAUAUAAUUUACAUAAUUGUGCAAGCACUUCGCUUCAUUUGUUACAUGGAACGCAAUUAAAAACGGCGUCCGUUUGGCGAGCGAUGUCCCGCACUGUCAGCAAAUUAAUUGUUUCUCAAGUAGGCUUUUGCAUCUUGAAUAUGCUAUAUCUCGAUAUGCUCAGCAAUGUGCUCUAUAAAAGACACAGGAUAUAUAUGGCUGUUCAAUCCAGCUUUCGUGGAGCGUGUUUUGGUUCAUAAUUCGUAGUUUUGAAGUAACUUUGUGCAGUAAACUAUUCCUGUGGCGUACAAACCAGAUGGAUUUCAUAGAUAGGAUACAAUGUAGAAUAUAUCAUACGUUAUCUAUAAACCAAAAUCACAACUGGGGCCUCUUCUGAUAUAAAUAUGCCUGAAAUGAACCAUAUUGCUCCCAUUUAUGGGGGCAAUUUAAGUAGUGACGUGAACGUUACGGUAAGGGUUAACUCUCUUGCUCGGAUCUUCGCCAUGUAAUAUUGUACAGAUCAGCUGUGGGAGGCGCCUACAGGAAUACUGACAUGGAAAGGCAUCAGUGAAUCUGAUUUGUCAAACUCGAACUGCGCGCCCGCCCUCGAUACACAAAACUACAGUACCUACAGUCAUAAGAGUAGAAUGAUUGUUGGCACAGGGAUGGAUCACGUACCAUUUGGAUAAUGAUAUGAACUCGCGUCCGCCUGGAUAUCUAAUAAUUGUGACAACUCGUCGCCGCAGUGGAGUUAUGCAACAUUGUAACACUUUGUAACAGUUCGCCCUGGGUGCAACGUGGAUGUGAUUAUUUUAGAGGGGAUACAUUGUCGCUUAAAAGGAGGACGCUAUGAGAUAGAUGAAAUUGUAACCGCUUCGGAUGUAAUUCCGCUGGACGGACACCUUGAUGUUGCUGUGCAAAUAUUUUCAGGAAACCUUAAAAAGGACUAAAAAGAGUGGGAAGCAGUCCGGCAAGCUGCCAGUAUGCUAUGAAAUUGUGACUUUGUCCGUGAAGAAGAAGAUGGCUGCAGAACUGUACCCUGCCAGCUUAAACACCAACCUCCCUAACAGCAACGGCGCGGUAGUGACUGCAGCCAGCAAGAAAAACAUCGUUCAGGUCACCCAAGCUGUGACCGUGCCGACUACGACUGCCACUCAGCAAAAUAUCAACAACAACAACGUCGAGACUACCAGUUGGCAGUCCACUCACCCGACAUUGCGAGAAAGGAAUGCCUUGAUGUUCAAUAAAGAACAUAUGGCCGAUGUUCAUUUCAUUGUGGGUCCCCCUGGUGAAUCACAGAAAGUUCCAGCGCAUAAAUAUGUAUUGGCGGUGGGCAGCUCCGUUUUUGGUGCCAUGUUUUAUGGAGACCUGGCAGAAGGGGAGUCUGAGAUUCACAUCCCAGACGUGGAGCCUGCUGCUUUUUUAAUUCUGUUAAAGUAUAUGUACAGCGACGAGAUUGAACUGGAGGCGGACACGGUGCUGGCCACUCUGUACGCCGCCAAGAAGUACAUUGUGCCUGCCUUGGCCAAGGCCUGCGUCACUUUCCUGGAGACCAGCCUGGAGGCCAAGAACGCCUGUGUGCUGCUCUCUCAGAGCCGCCUCUUCGAGGAGCCAGAGCUGACACAGCGCUGCUGGGAGGUGAUCGACGCCCAGGCUGAGCUAGCCCUCCGCUCCGAGGGCUUCUGUGAGAUCGACCUGCAGACCCUGGAGAUCAUCCUGCGCCGUGAGACGCUGAACACGCGCGAGGCAGUGGUCUUCGAGGCAGUGCUGGAGUGGGCGGUGGCUGAGUGCCGGCGCCAGGGCCUGGGCGCCACGGCACGGAACAAGCGGGCGGUGCUGGGCAAGGUACUGUACCUGGUGCGCCACCCCACCAUGACUCUGGAGGAGUUUGCUGACGGCGCGGCACAGUCGGACGUGCUCACCCUGGAGGAGACGCACGACAUCUUCCUGUGGUACACGGCGGCCAACAAGCCCAAGCUGGAGUUCCCGCUGGCUCAGCGGACGGGCCUGACACCGCAGCGGUGCCAUCGCUUCCAGUCAUCGGCCUACCGGAGCAACCAGUGGCGAUACCGGGGCCGCUGCGACAGCAUCCAGUUUGCCGUAGACAAGCGCAUCUUCAUUGCCGGCCUGGGCCUGUAUGGCUCAAGCGGCGGCAAGGCUGAGUACAGUGUCAAGAUUGAACUGAAGCGGCAGGGUGCCACGCUGGCGCAGAACCUCACCAUGUUCGUGUCGGACGGCUCCAGCAGCACAUUCUCAGUGUGGUUCGAGCACCCGGUCCAAGUGGAACAGGAUACCUUCUACACGGUCAGCGUCGUGCUGGACGGCAACGAGCUGAGCUACUUUGGGCAGGAGGGCAUGACUGAGGUGCAGUGUGGAAAAGUGACAUUCCAGUACCAGUGCUCCUCAGACAGUACCAAUGGGACGGGUGUGCAGGGGGGGCAGAUCCCCGAACUGGUCUUCUAUGCAUGAACCCUGGGGUUUGUUUGUAACACAUCCCCUCCCCCUGCGUGGAAGUGCAUUCUACCACUGGAUUCGUUGAACAUGCUGGGAGAGGGUCCAAAAGCAAAAUAGUUUCUUUGCCUUCUUCAACAAUGUAGCAGCAGUGAGAAAUGAUGUAAAUGCAAACAUGCCUGUUAGUCCUUUGACAAAAUGUUUGAGUGAUGGAAUGCUCUUUCCAUUUUUAUUUAUUGAGAUAAAGAUACAACCUAUGAUUUUAACUAUUGAGCGCUGUGGCAUGCAGCCUGGUGUAAAUAUGACAGAAGUUGUAUUCUUGCACUCCUAUUGGGCUACUCCCUGUUAGCGUGUUGUUUUUUGUAAAUAACUUGAGGCUAAUUUGUUUACAGCUUGAGGUUGGCUGACAAAUGACAUGUCUUGUAUUUAGUGCGCAGCUUAAUGGAACUGCAGAACAUAAAGAAAACGUUUUUGUGACUCAAA